AUGACAAGCAAUGGCUUGAGUAUGUUUCAAUUCCCUCGUCUUACCAAAGAGAAUUAUGAUAAUUGGUGUCGUCGCAUGAAAGCCUUGUUAGGUUCUCAAGAUGCAUGGGAGAUUGUAGAGAAAGGUUAUGCCCAACCUCAAAAUGAGGCUAUUUUGUCACCAAAUGAGAAGGAGACUUUGUUGAAGUCGAAGAAGAAGGAUCAACAAGCACUUACUUUCAUUCAUCAAGGUUUGGAUGAAGCUAUGUUCGAGUUGGUGUCAAAUGCAACCACAUCCAAAGAAGCAUGGGAGAUUUUGAAAACCUCCCUUGAAGGUGUUGAUAAGGUAAAAAAGGUGCGCCUACAAACUCUACGUAGAGAGUUUGAAUCAUUGCAUAUGAAGGAAUCUGAAUCUAUCUCAGAUUUUGGCAACAAGGUGUUGGCUAUUGUGAACCAAAUGAAGCGUUAUGGAGAAAAUAUGGAAGAUGUUCGUGUGGUGGAAAAGAUCCUUCGCUCCUUAAUCGCUAAAUUUGAUUAUGUGGUUUGUGCUAUUGAAGAGUCUAAGGAUUUAGACUCAAUGACCGUAGACCAAUUGAUGGGUUCUCUUCAAGCCUAUGAAGAAAGGUUCAAUAGAAGACAUGAUGAGCCAUUGGAGCAAGUCCUCAAAGCCAAAGCUUCUUUGAAAGAAAAUGGAGGAGAAAGUAGUCAAAAAGCACGUGGACGUGGAAGAGGACGUGGUCGUGGACGUGGUCAUGGCCAAGGAAGAGGAGGAAGAGGAGAUCGUGAUAAUUUUGACAAUAAUGAAUGGAGGAGCCAUCAAUCCACUAGAAGUCAUGGAAGAGGAAGAGGAAGAGGUAGAAACAAUUAUGAAAAAGCAUAUGAAAGGAGGUAUGAUAAAUCUAAUGUUGAAUGUUUUAAUUGUCAUAAAUAUGGCCAUUACUCUUGGGAGUGUAGAACAAAUGUUGAAGAGAAGGUCAAUCUUGUUGAUGAUAAAGAAGAAGUUGAAGAGUCAACACUACUACUAUCACUUAAUAAUGGUGAGAAGGAAGACAAAUGCUUAUGGUAUCUUGACAAUGGAGCAAGCAAUCACAUGUGUGGAUGCAAAGAGAAAUUUGUGGAACUUGAUGAGAAGGUGAAAGGAAAUGUUUCUUUUGGAGAUUCUUCCAAGGUGCAAAUCCAAGGAAAAGGAGAGGAGAAGAUGGUGAAAGGGAUGCCUCAAAUCAACCAUCCUAAUCAAUUGUGUGAAGCAUGUCUCCUUGGAAAGCAUGCAAGAAGGAGUUUUCCAAAAGAAGCUAAUUCAAGAGCAAAGGAGCCUCUCCAACUUGUUUACACCGAUGUGUGUGGCCCAAUCAAUCCUCCUUCAUGUGGUAACAAUAAAUAUUUCUUGCUUUUUAUUGAUGAUUAUAGUAGAAAAACUUGGGUUUAUUUUCUAAAGCAAAAAUCUGAGGCAUUUGUAGCUUUUAAAAAUUUUAAAGCUCUUGUGGAAAAGGAGAGUGGUUAUGUAAUCAAAGCUCUAAGAUCCGAUAGAGGUGGCGAAUUCACAUCAAAAGAAUUUAAUGAAUUUUGUGAAAAAUAUGGGAUUCGUCGCCCUCUAACGGUUCCUAGAUCUCCACAACAAAAUGGGAUAGCGGAGAGAAAAAAUAGAACUAUUCUUAAUAUGACUAGAUGUAUGUUGAAGGCUAAAAAUAUGCCAAAGGAAUUUUGGGCCGAAGCUGUUGCAUGUGCCGCUUAUUUGUCCAAUCGCUCCCCAACAAAGAAUGUCAAAGAUCAAACACCACAAGAAGCAUGGAGUGGAGUGAAGCCAAGAGUUGAUCACUUGAGAGUAUUUGGGAGCAUUGCAUAUGCUCAUGUACCCGACCAAGGAAGAUUCAAGCUUGAUGAUCGGAGUGAGAAACAUGUGUUCAUUGGCUAUGAUGCAAGCUCAAAAGGCUACAAAUUGUACAAUCCAAACAAUGGAAAGACAAUUGUGAGUCGAGAUGUAGAGUUCUAUGAAGAAGGCACAUGGAAUUAG